GCUAGCGUUGGCGAGGCAGCGGGUGCUGGGGAGUCCAGGUGCUACAUGGACGUCGAGGGCAACAAGAGGAUCCAGGUGGGCUUCGGUGGUGAGGUGCCAAAGGCACGGCCAGGCCUCAACGAUGGGCAAAGAUGCCAUGGGCGAGGCGUCAUGGGCAUCGCUGAGGGUAAGGCGAGGAAGGCGCCACUUGGUGUGGUGCCGUUGUGCAAGGCUCCGUUUGGAGAGGCGCCGUAUGAAAGGGCACCAUAG